AGAGCAAUUAAAUCAUUUCUUUGAUUAAUUUAUUCAUUUUUUCAUAUAUUUUUUGUUUUCAUCUUCAAUUCCGUUAUUCUUAUUUUUGUGUAUCAUCUUAUUUGGCUUCUUCAAUUCUCUCCAUCAUCUAGUAACUUUCAUCUCUUUCAUUGUUUGUACAGAUUUACGUAGAUAUUUAUUAUUUACUAUAAAUUCAUCUCUUCUAAUUUCACCUCUUUUGCUUUUUUUAUACUAAUCAGUCCAUCAAAACGAUCAUUUUUUCAUACUUAUUAUAUAAAUAAGUGUACAUAUAUAUAUAAAUUUAUAAAUUAUUUCAUUAAUUGUAUAAAUAAUCUCAUCAAUUUUUUUGUUCUCUUUGAGCCAAUUUUUUUACAUUACAUCAUUCAUAGUCAAAAUGUCUUGUUGGGAUAAAAGAAAAUUAACUGAAGGUUUAUCUAACGUUUCCAAUGGAAUCAAUCCUGCCAAUAACCAUAAGGAUGACAAAGGAAGUGUCCAAGGGAAGAUUGAACCUGGUAAUCAUGAUGGUGGCGGUAAACUAAGGGUUGAAAAGAUUGUCUAUGGUUGUGAAGGUGAAAAAGGAGUAAGUGAUAGGAUCGAGAAAGAAAUGAUUCCUGAGGUAUCUUUUGGUGAGAUAAUGAAUGAACAAUAUGCAUCUUAUUUGAUGGAGAAAGAAGGAUUACCAGGAGAAAAUUUUACCAAUCAACUGGUUAAUACGACCGAGACUCUAUCAACUGAUUUAAACGAUGAUAGCAAAUUAUUGAAUCCAAUUGAAACAGUUACAGGUGAUUUCCAAAUUCCAGAUGAUAAUGAAUCUACUGACAAUGAUCUGCUUUUGGCUCAAAUGCUACAAGAAGAGUUUGACAAAGAGUUCAAUGAUCACCUUGAAAGCCAAAAGGAAACCGUGACAACAACCAAUAAGCAGGAAAGUGUCAGUGUAUCUUUUUGUCCUUCUCGUCCGAUUCCCAAUUCAUCAACAAGUGAAUCUGACGUUGAAGAUGAUACAAUACCUGGUGGGGAAUAUCGUGAAUGGGAUUCAUUUUCCAGUGUUGAGAAAGGUACAUCAGCAAUUACACUUGGAAGAAAAGGUUUUGCUAAAAAUGCUGAAGGUUCUUACACCACGAAACAUGACCCAACGGUUUGUGGUCGUCGGAAUGCUUGUCGAGUGAUGGAUUUUGAUGUCGCUGUUAAAACAGGAGACGGUGGUGGGUUUGAUAUGAAAUUGAACAACAACGUUUUCAAUGCCCUCAAGGUUCAUUCAAAGAAGGAAAGUAAACGAGCAGCUCGACUUCGCCAGGCCAAGGAAAAAUCUACCGUUGAACAUGUUAUGGAUGAAAAGACUCGUCUUUCCCUUUAUAAAUUGCUUAAUCGUGGUAUCUUGGAUGAGGUUAACGGUACAAUUUCAACCGGUAAAGAAUCACAUGUUUACCAUGGUAUUGGCGGUGACCCCGAGAAACAGAUAACCUGUGGUGAGGUGGCAAUUAAAGUUUACAAGACAACCCUAAAUGAGUUUAAAAAUCGUGAGGCUUACAUCAAAGAUGAUCAUAGAUUUAAGGAUAAAUUUUCACGGCAAAAUCCACGCAAGAUAAUCCAUUUAUGGGCUGAAAAAGAGAUGCACAAUUUAAUCCGAAUUAAGAGAGCAGGUAUCCCUUGUCCCGAAGUUGUUAUGCUAAAAGAUCAUAUUCUUGUGAUGAAAUUUAUUGGGAUGGAUGGUAAACACGCUCCAUCACUGAAAGAUGCUAAACUAUCAUCAACUCAAUUAUCUCAAGCUUACCAAAAUGUUGUUGAGAUAAUGAAAAAGAUGUACGGUAAAUGUGAAUUGAUUCAUGGUGAUUUAAGUGAAUACAAUUUACUUUGGUAUUCCAACAAAGUUUGGGUUAUCGAUGUGAGUCAAUCGGUUCUCACUAAUCAUCCCUUCUCACUCCAUUUUCUUUCGCGAGAUUGUCUCAAUGUUACCAAGUUUUUCGAAAAAUGUGGCCUACAAGAGAUCAGAUCAAGCGGUGAACUUUUCUAUGAUAUUACUGGCAAAGAAUUGGAAGGAAAUGAUCUAGGAGAUAUCGAUCAUCUUGCUAAUAUAGUAGAUUAUGAACGAAACGUUGAACUAUUGACCUAUGGAGUAAACAGUAAAGUGGACAAUUUCGAGGAAUUGUUUGAACGAAGUGUCCUCGAAAGGGAAAACGCUGCUCUCAACGGAAAUAACAAUAAAUAUCAAUCUAAAGGAACACCUUGUUACUCAUCUUCCUCUUCCUCUUCAACUGGAUCAUCAUCAAAUGGUUCUCGAAAGAAACGACCAUCUCAUUGACCGAGGACUAAAAUUAACUAUCAAUGAAAAUUUAAUCAACUGUGAGAAGUAAACAAAAAAAAACGCUCUUGAAAAACGAAUAGAAAUUCAAAAAAAAACAAUAAGAGUAACAAAAUAUUUGAAAAAAAAAUUCGAGGUUCCAAUGGGAAGCCAAAUGUUCACCUUCGAUCGUCAAAUGUACAAAGAAAGUAAAAAUCACCAAAAAAAAAAGACAAUUGGACAUUGUGAUGGUCAAGAAAAUCAACUUAACUGUCACAAUAUCGUUAAUUAUAACAAUCUCGGAUUUAAUCAUUGGAAACCUAAAUGAUCCUGAUCAGUUGAAUCGCAAUCACUAAUUAAACCUUUCAUUGUCUAAUUUAUAACGUUAAUUAGUUGGAGAGAAAAAAAUUACAACCAAGUGAUACAAAAUUUGCAAAAAAAAAGUCAACUCAAUAAAAUUAAUGUGGCAAUGAAAUCUCACAAUUAAAUCUAAUCAAAUGGUUUUAAUUUCACUAAAUCAACUUGAUUUGUUUAUUAUCCAAGUUUAGGUUUGAUUGAAUGAGAAAAACAAAACUCAUUCAAUUGUUACAAUAAAAUAAUUUCCUCUGAUUUAA